CUGUCAAAAAUAUUGUCACCGACUUCACAAGAGAUUAUGUACAGAGACAUUGCAAUGACAAAGAAUGACUGUCACAUCGCCAGUUGCGCAUUAUUAAAUACUUUUUGGACAAAGAAAUGUGCUUUAGCUUGGGUUACAAUGGGUAUCGACUGCUGAUCCUUUGAGCGUUUCAUCGGACGGAGUGGUCGUACAAAAAAGACAAAUAGUGAGAAUUGAAUGCACUCCUGAGUAUAUGAUAUGGCCUGACAAAAAAGUAGCUAGAGAUGACAUUAAGUUGCUGAGUAAAGAAACACAUUUGGAUUCUGUUUCGAAAAACCCAGAUACAAUUGUGGAGACAAGGAAUAGUAAGCCAGUAAGAAGAGUCACAAGAUCUAAGAAAACGUUCGAAUGUAAUUCAUGUCAGAAGACAUUCCUAAAAAAAAGCAAUCUAGCAGAACAUCUAAAGCAGCACAGACACAAGUGUACAGAAUGUGGGAAAACUUUUAGCUUGAAGCGAUACCUCAGUACACACUUUGAAAAAAUACACAGACCGCAGUUGUACGAAUGCAGUGUCUGCGACUACAAAAGUAACAACAAAGGAACUUUGAAAAACCACUUCAUUCGCCUUCAUACCAGUGCGUUUAAUUUUUCCUGUGACUCUUGCGGCAAGCAGUUUAAAAUAAAGAAAGCUUUGAAUCACCACAUGAAGCAAAAUCACAGUGGAAAUCCGCCCAUAGUAUGCGACGUCUGUGGGCACUUUAGUAAAAAUUUACAUGCCCUCAAAGCACAUAUGAAGUAUCGCCAUUACAAACCUGAGUUUGAGUGUAAUAUUUGCAAGCGAGGAAUGACAACGCAGGAGAAUCUCAAGCAGCACUUGUCGUGGCAUGAAAAUAAAGAGAAGAUUGUUUGUCCGACAUGUGGGAAAAGAUUCCGUGGUCGUGAUUUGGAUUCUCAUAUACGAGUCCACACAGGCAUCAAGCCUUUUCCAUGCUUAGUGUGUGGAAAAACCUUCAGACGUCAAACCGCUCAGGAACAGCAUGUCCUCAUUCAUACGGGAAAACGACCGUACAUAUGUGAUAUCUGUGGCCAGGCAUUUGCUCAAAAACCUGGUUUGAUAUGUCACAGGAAGAGACACCCCGGACCUUUGCCCCCACUGCCAGCCGUCUCCAUUAAGACCAUCAUUACAGAAUUUGCCAGAGAGUAUGCUGGCAAAAAUAGCAGUGCAGAUCAGAGUGGGAACACGUAACCAGCUACAAGCUAGUUUCAAUAUUUCUACUUACGGUAAUACAGCUCUAAACUCUACGUACGAUAUUGGAAAAAAUCAUCUUACUCCUCAAACAUGCCUGUCCACUUACAAUAUGAAAUUACAAAGUAUUGAUUACUUUACCAAAUUUCAAAUAAUAGUCGGGAAGCGAAGGUCUAUGCUGAUAUGAGGCUGGCACAAAUUCCCAAUCCUACAUCAAUGAGUCUACUACGGAAAAUGGGAAUUGGAAUAUUACUCUAAUGUUAUAUUCCAUAAUUAAAAUCAUGUUGUUUCACGGAACAAUAAUGCAGCGUACAUACAAGUUGCAAAGUCCUGUUAAAACCUAGUCGAUAGCAGUACUCAAAAUUUACACAAAACAACUACGUAGGCACAGGUAUAUGAUUGUGGCGUGAGAAACUAUAAACUACGUAGUUUGAAAGGAUCUUUAAAUACUUAUUUCAUGUGAAUGUAAAUCAUCUGAGGCAUUGCAUGGAGCAGUUUCACAGAGGUAAUUUACCAAUACCAUGUGUCACAUGUGACCAACUUUUACUUAGGAAUCCGGGUUGAUUUGUAAAAGGAAAAGGUACAAUAAUUGAUUUUCAUUUCUGACUCUCGUCACCAUAAAACAAAAAUCGUUUUAUCGUAAUAUGUCUCUGUGAUGUAAUAAAACCGUUACUUUAUCAA